AUGGCUGCCUUCGAAACCUUCCCCGUCCAGUUCGAGCGCGACCUCCGCAGCGCACAUAAAGACCACAAGCGACAAAAGGAUGCUGCCACCAAAUGGGCUUACGGCAGCCGCGCACUUCCCGGUAACCGGGUGGAUGCGUUCACCGACGAAGUCUUUGAUGGCACAGGAGCCAAGGCAACCAAGUUCCGACCUCGCCACAAGUGGUCCGAUAUACGCCACAGCUCGGUCAAGCCGAAUCCCAACAUCGUCAAGUACAGCCGCAAUAGUGCCAACUGGCUGCUGCCAGCCUCUCGCGUCCGCGUCAGCACAAAUGCCUAUCAGGAGAUCAGGGACGCGUCCCGAUCCGAUCUGAUCUGGUCGCCGACACAGCGGUCAGCAAAGAGCUUCGGCAUCACCGUCAACUCCUCAAUCUCCCCAGAUGUCGGCUGCAGCAGCGGCUUCCUGUAUAGCUUCGACAACACCGACUCGCCGCCGCCCGUCAUGACGCUCGACCUCUUUGUCAAGCCCAACGUCCGGGCCACCGAGAUGCUGGUCGAGAAGGAAUAUGAGGUGAUUGAUCGCAACGGCGAUUCCCUCAAAGGCCGCAAGGCCCGCCAGGUCUUGCGCAAAGCCGCCGCUUCCGGUGCAUCCCGCACUGCUCCUGUCGCUGCUACUCCCAACCUCAUUGAGGUCGUCGACGAGGAAGACUUUGAGCUAGUCUAA